AUUUCUUGCUUUCUUCUCAGUUCGUCACGAUCGGAGCUUUUUGUCCGAUCUCAAAUGCCCAACUCCUCCAUUCAGUUAUUUUCCUGGUAACAUCGAAGUGGCGCAAAUAACCUAACAUUGGAGUUGCUCUCUCCCAGAAAUCUCGAGAAGUUCAAGUAACGAAAAUGGCUUUGGUGGCGGCUUUGGAGGCGGAUCUUCGCGCCCUCUCCGCCGAAGCGCGACGGAGGUACCCCGCCGUGAAAGAUGGAGCCGAGCACGCUAUCCUUAAGCUUCGGUCGUCAUCGAGUGCCAGUGAUCUUUCAAGUAAUGAAGACAUUCUUCGGAUCUUUCUGAUGGCGUGUGGAGUCAGGAAUACAAAACUUAGUGUUAUAGGACUUUCAUGUUUACAGAAGCUUAUAUCUCAUGAUGCAGUUGAACCAUCAUCUCUAAAGGAAAUACUUUAUACAUUGAAAGAUCAUUCAGAAAUGGCAGAAGAAAAUAUUCAACUAAAGACUCUACAAACUAUUCUAAUAAUAUUUCAGUCUCGACUACAUCCAGAAACAGAGGAUAAUAUGGUCCUAGGACUAAGUAUCUGUCUCAGGCUUCUUGAUAACAACCGACCUCCUAGUGUUUACAAUACUGCUGCAGCUACCUUCAGGCAAGCAGUUGCCUUGAUUUUUGAUCAAGUGGUUUCGGCUGAGUCCCUUCCUAUGCCUAAAUUGGGUUCUAGCAGUCAAACAGCAAGGACUGGGUCAGUUACUGGAGAUUUGAGUCAAAAUAUCAAUAAUUCAGAGCCCUUGGAGAACGAUGUUAUCGGGGGUCGAUUGACAAUGAGAGAAACCCUGAGUGAAACCGGUAAACUUGGUCUGCGGUUGCUUGAGGACCUGACAGCCUCAGCUGCAGGUGGAUCUGCAGCUUGGUUGCAUGUUACUUCUCUUCCAAGGACCUUCUCCCUCGAACUAAUUGAGUUUGUUUUGUCGAACUAUAUAUCAGUUUUCAAGAUACUACUUCCCUACGAACAGGUUUUGCGUCACCAAAUCUGUUCCCUUCUGAUGACAUCGCUUCGGACCAGUUCAGAGCUCGAGGGAGAAAUGGUUGAACCUUAUUUUCGCCGGUUGGUGCUGCGGUCAGUUGCGCAUAUUAUACGACUGUAUAGUUCGUCUCUCAUCACAGAAUGCGAGGUGUUCUUAAGUAUGCUCGUGAAAGCUACAUUUUUAGAUUUGCCAUUGUGGCAUCGCAUUCUUGUUCUUGAGAUUUUGAGGGGGUUCUGUGUUGAGGCAAGAACAUUGCGGAUUCUUUUCCAGAACUUUGAUAUGCACCCCAAAAACACAAAUGUUGUGGAGAGCAUGGUCAAAGCACUUGCUCGAGUUGUUUCUAGCAUACAGUUUCAGGAGACGAGUGAGGAAAGUUUAGCAGCUGUUGCUGGGAUGUUUAGUAGCAAAGCUAAAGGAAUUGAAUGGAUUCUUGAUAAUGAUGCUUCCAGUGCUGCUGUUCUCGUUGCGAGUGAAGCUCAUGCAAUAACUUUGGCAAUUGAAGGCUUACUUGGAGUUGUUUUUACAGUUGCCACAUUAACAGAUGAAGCAGUAGAUGUUGGGGAGCUUGAAUCUCCCAGAUAUGAGCAUCUUCCUUCAUCUGAUUAUACUGGGAAAACCUCACAUCUCUGUAUCUCAAUGGUAGAUUCAUUGUGGUUGACUAUACUUGACGCAUUUUCCCUUAUAUUAUCAAGGUCACAUGGAGAGGCAAUCGUAUUGGAGAUACUGAAAGGAUAUCAAGCAUUUACUCAGGCAUGUGGCGUUCUUCAUGCUGUAGAACCCUUGAACUCUUUUCUUGCAUCUCUUUGUAAAUUUACCAUCGUUUUGCCAACUGAUGUGGAAAGGAAAAGCAGCGUCGUACAGUCGCCUGUGUCCAAACGUUCUGAAGUACAUGUUGAUCAGAAAGAUGUCAUUGUCCUGACACCCAAGAAUGUUCAGGCAUUGAGAACACUCUUCAACAUCGCUCACAGGUUGCAUAACGUGUUGGGCCCAUCAUGGGUGUUGGUUCUUGAAACUCUGGCAGCCCUAGAUCGAGCUAUUCAUUCUCCUCAUGCAACCACCCAGGAGGUUGCAACUGCAGUCCCAAAGCUUACCAGAGAGCCUUCUAGGCAGUACGCUGAUUUUAGCAUUCUAUCUUCCUUAAAUUCUCAGCUGUUUGAGAGCUCGGCGCUGAUGCAAGUGUCUUCUGUUAAAUCACUUCUUUCUGCACUCCAUAUGUUGUCCCAUCAAUCUAUGACAGAAACUUCAGGCAGUGUUUCAUCAGCUUCAAGUAAACAAAUUGGGAGCAUCAGUUUUUCGGUGGACAGAAUGAUAUCUAUACUCGUAAAUAAUCUUCACAGGGUGGAACCACUAUGGGACCAAGUGGUUGGCCACUUUCUUGAGCUCGCUGAACAUUCAAAUCAGAACUUGAGAAAUAUGGCGCUUGAUGCCCUGGAUCAAUCCAUAUGUGCUGUCUUAGGUUCAGAGCAGUUUGGAGAAGAUCCAGCCAGAUCAAGAGAUGCAACUUUGGAUGUAGACUCAAAGUCAACUGAGGUGAAGUCGGUUGAGUGUGCUGUACUAUCUUCUCUCAGGGUUCUUUACUUUUCUGCUCAAAAGGCAGAUGUUCGAGUUGGGUCAUUAAAAAUUCUCCUUCACGUACUGGAGAGAUGUGGAGAAAAGUUAUACUAUAGCUGGUCGAGCAUUCUUGAAAUGUUGAGGUCUGUUGCAGACGCAUCAGAGAAGGAUGUGGCGACCCUUGGGUUCCAGAGUCUCCGGGUUAUUAUGAGUGAUGGACUUCCUACUCUUCCGGAAGACUGUCUUCAUGUGUGCAUAGACGUUACUGGAGCUUAUAGUGCACAAAAGACUGAUUUGAAUAUAAGUUUGACUGCCAUUGGCCUGUUGUGGACUUUGACUGAUUUCGUAGCAAAAGGACUCCACCAUGGGUCUCUAGUGGACAAAGGAUCGGGAUUCAAUAUUGCAGAUUCCACUCCACAGCAAACAAAUGGCGAGGACGGGGAAAAGCAUAUGGUUAGCAAUUCGGACAAGUCAGAUUAUGAAGCUCGAAUACAAGUGGUCAAUCAUGAGAAAUUGCUGUUUUUAGUCUUUUCGUUAAUACAGAAACUUGUGGAUGACGAACGACCAGAGGUCAGGAAUUCAGCUGUCAGGACAUUUUUUCAGAUUUUGGGAAGUCAUGGAAACAAACUUUCAAAAAGCAUGUGGGAGGAUUGUCUAUGGAACUAUAUCUUCCCGAUGUUAGAUGGCGCCUCUCACAAGGCUGCAACAUCAUCAAAGGAUGAAUGGCAAGGGAAAGAAAUCGGUACUCGAGGAGGGAAAGCUGUGCACAUGCUUAUACAUCAUAGUCGCAAUUCAGCCCAGAAGCAGUGGGAUGAAACAUUUGUACUUGUCCUUGGAGGAAUAGCCCGUCUCUUCCGGUCCUACUUUCCUCUUCUUGAAAGUUUACCGAACUUUUGGUCAGGAUGGGAGUCUUUGCUUGCUUUUGUUAAGAAUAGCAUUUUCAAUGGGAGUAAAGAGGUAUCACUUGCAGCGAUAAAUUGUCUGCAGACAGCUGUUGUGUCCCACUGUGUCAAGGGAAACUUGCAACUUCGAUAUCUUAAUUCGGUACUGGACGUGUAUGAGCUUGUUUUCCAGAAGUCAUCGAGUUACACAGGUGACACAGCAGCCAAGGUGAAACAAGAGAUUCUGCAUGGUUUAGGUGAAUUAUAUGUGCAGUCAUCAAAGAUGUUUGAUGAUAAAAUGUACAUGCAAUUGUUGGGAAUUGUUGAUUUAGCUAUAAAACAGGCCAUCAUAAAUAGCGAAAAUUUCGAAACUGAAUAUGGACAUGUACCCCCUGUACUACGUCAUGUUUUGGAAAUCUUGCCAUCUUUGGGUCCUCCUGAGCACCUUUCGUCAAUGUGGCUAAUCCUGUUAAGAGAGUUUUUGCAUUAUCUUCCACGGGUUGAUUCUGUUCUGCCAAAUGAGGAAGGUGAGAUUCAGCAGAACAACACAGGUCACUGUGCAAGCAGUGAAGUAUUGGAACAUAAAGCUGAUGCUUCGUCUGAAACAAUGCCAACCACAAGAAUUACGACUAAUAUGUUUGCAGAAAAGCUGAUCCCUGCCUUGAUAGAGCUUCUCCUUCAGGCUCCUGCAGUUGAAAAAUAUAUCCUGUUUCCGGAAGUCAUCCAGAACCUGAGAAGGUGCAUGAUGACAAGACGAGACAAUCCAGAUGGUUCACUCUGGAAGGUAGCAGCUGAGGGCUUCAACCGUUUACUGGUUGAAGAUGUGAAGUUAUGUUCCGUGGGUGGUGAAACAGACCUGAAAAUUAGCAAAACAGCUCGAAUACGCAUUUGGAAAGAAAUUGGAGAUGUUUACGAUAUAUUCCUUGUUGGUUAUUGUGGACGUGCUCUUUCUUCAAAUUCUCUCCCUGCUGCAGCACUUAAGGCCAAUGAGACCCUUGAGAUGGCCUUAUUAAACGGUCUUGGCGAUAUCAUUCUUAAGUCGACCGUUGAUGCACCCCGAGAAGUCCUGGAGAGGCUUGUUUCAACCCUAGAUCGCUGUGCAUCACGUACAUGCUCAUUGCCUGUUGAAACUGUAGAGCUGAUGCCUGCCCAUUGUAGCAGAUUUUCCUUGACAUGCUUACAAAAAUUGUUUUCCUUGAGCAGUUUCAGCUCUGAAACCGAGAACUGGCACUCCACAAGAGCAGAAGUGAGCAAGAUCUCGAACACCACGCUGAUGGCCAGAUGUGAAUUCAUUUUGAGUAGAUUUUUAAUCGACGAAAAUAAUCUAGGCAACCGUCCAAUCCCAACAGCUAGACUUGAAGAGAUUAUCUUUACCCUCCAAGAACUUGACCGCCUCAGCAUUCAUCCUGAAGUUGCAUCUGUUCUUCCGUUGCAACCCUACCUGAAAACCGUCCUACGCGAAGAUAAUCGUGACACCCGUGCGCACCUACUUGUCCUUUUUCCCUCUCUGUGCGAGAUUGUGUUAUCAAGGGAAACGCGGGUGAGAGAGCUGGUGCAAGUUUUACUACGAGCAGUUGCUACGGAACUAGGCCUAGAAAAGGUUAGUCUAUCCAGUUGAUGGCAAUAGAUGGGAAUGUUUCUCAGAAGAUUUGAACUUUAAACUUUCUCUUCUUACAUUAGAUUCUUGAGAAAUUUUGGUUUUAUACCACAUAGGUUGUACUCUUUGUUUUAGCUUGUUCUGGUUUACUCUGUGUGCUGUUUUAUCUCUCUUGGUUCAUGGGACUUCUUCAUUCUACAAUGCGCCAUUCUCGGAGUUUUUAUGUUGGUCCCAUCAAACAAAGUAUUCUCUUAACU